AUGAACAACAAGAAAGAAAUCAUUCAAAAUGAUUUACAAGAACUAGAAAAAUACAAUCUUAAAUACCAAGAGAUUACAUCCAUUAUCACAGUCCAGAAAUCUGCUCUGAAUGAAAACUCCCAGAAAUUAACAACAGAAAUCGACAAACAUGGAGAAGACGUGCACAGAGAAAUAAACACCAAUAUCAGAAACAUGAAAUCUAACGUGGGGGAAAUGGACACCGAACACCUGGCUACACUAAAUCAACAGGAAGAUGAAAUUAAACACACCGUUUCUGAAAUCACACAAACCAUUGCUGAACUAAAGACGUUACGGGACUCCAAUGAUUUUGGUUCUGUGUCAUCGUCAUCUAUCAAAACAGAAGAACAUGGCUACACCAUGGAAUCUCCCGGUGCUGAGUCCUCUCCCCCGGACAGACUGCUCAUUGAUGUACCACAACUCAUCACACAGAUAAAGACCACGUUUGGAGAAUCACAUCCAUUAUACAAGGUGUCCUGUCUGAGUGAUGAGGAGAUGUGGACGUGUGGUUCUGGCAACAUCAUGAGCCUGUACAACCUCAGUGGGAAAACAGUGAAGUUAGUCCUAACCAAGUCAGGGUACAGUCCAUACGACAUAGCAGUGACAAAGGGUGGGGAUCUUGUUUAUACUGAUAGACAUGUUAGAACUGUGAACAUAGUGAAGAAUACACAGAGAAAGAAGCCACAGAUAACGACGGUGAUCGAACUACGGGGAUGGGGACCUCUCAGUGUCUGUAGUACCUCUUCUGGUGACCUCCUGGUUGUCAUGAACAGUGAUGAUCAUAGACAAACAAAAGUUACAAUGGAGCCAAUGCAGUAG